AUGAAGAGGAGUCGAGAGGAGAUGCCAACGACCCUGCAUCGGCGGACGCAGUCGCAUGGCAGCAUCCUGCCCACAAAUGCAUCUUCAUCUUCAUCUUCUGCACGUGCCUCCACAUUUCUACCCCCUGCCGCCCCCUCCCUCGGUUCAUCUUCAUCUUCAUCUUCUUCCGUCGCCCGACCACCCUCGCACAUUCAAAUCACGCGCCCGCCCCAACCGCGAAGGGAGACCUCAUCGCGGCACACGCCCACGCCGACCAGCGGCGGACGAUUGGCCGCCAAUCCAUCCACGCCCGCGGCCGCCAAGUCUUCAUCUUCGCCCUUUGGGGGCUUCAGCGCGUCGCGCGCCAUCGACGAGUCGCUGCUCAUGGGCACCUGCCGCCGCAUCCAGCAGUACGAGACCCUCGAGCAAGUCGGCGAGGGCACUUACGGCGUCGUCUAUCGGGCGCGGGACAUGCGAAGCAACAGGAUCGUGGCGCUGAAGAAGGUGCGCAUGGAGAAGGAGAAGGACGGCAUCCCCAUCACGUGCCUGCGCGAGGUCAAGAUCCUCAAGGAGGUGGACCACCCCAACAUCGUGCGGCUGCUCGGCGUCACCGUCGGCCGCCAGCUCGACGCAAUGUAUUUGGCGUUCGAGUAUGUGGAACAUGACCUUGCGGGUCUGAUCGACAACAUGAAGAAGCCGUUCACCGAGGCCGAGGUCAAGUGCCUCAUGAUGCAGCUCCUCCGCGCGGUUCACUACCUACACAGAAACUACUACAUCCACCGAGACCUGAAGCUGUCCAAUCUGCUGUUUAGCAACAAGGGCGAGCUCAAGCUAUGCGACUUUGGCCUCGCGCGCAUCUUCGGCGAACCCAACAAGGCCAUGACACCCAAAGUGGACAUGUGGGCCGUCGGGUGCAUCUUCGGGGAGCUGCUCAUGAACACGCCCGUGAUGCCCGGCAAAACCGAGAUCGAGCAGCUGCAGCUCAUGUGCCGCCUGCUGGGCACCCCCAACGACAAAAUUUGGCCGGGGUAUUACGAGCUGCCGAACGCCAAGAUCAUUGCCGGCCUGCCCCAGCAGAACUACCACAUGAUCAGCAACAAGUUCAAGUUCCUUUCGCCGGCUGGCCAGGACCUGAUCAAGAAAUUCCUCACGUAUGACCCGAACAAGCGGAUAACGGCCUACCAGGCCCUGCAGCACCCCUACUUCACGGAGUCGCCCAUGCCCAAAUCGCCGGACAUGAUGCCCACCUUCCCCACCAAGCUCAACACCGGCUACCGACGCGCGCGAAGGUCGGACGAGGUGCAGGAGGACAGGCGCAUGGACGAGGAGCGACGACACCAGAACGAUCGGUUCGGCGAGGUCUUCGGCGACCACGACUAUGCCGGCGGCGCGCCGCUCAAAAAGAGGCGCUUCUAA